GUCUACUUUUCUCCAAGGCUGUUUAUGCUAGUAUUAAUUCUUAUCGUCAAGGCACCUGCAACCUUCCUCACGACAAAAAAAAAUUAUAAAUAUACCAGCAAACCAUGGACUAAGGUUUACAAAAUUUACCUAAUAUUUUUAUAUCAAUUAAGGUAAUAAGGGUAGCAACUUAGAAAUCUUGUGGACAUUUUGACACACAGAGUUUCCGUCUUACCAUCGUCGUCGUCAUAGUCGUUCCAAACGAUCAUCGUUCUUGUCGAGAUGCCCUCGCGUUUCCCGCCCCUUUACAGCGGAUGAAUAAUGAGACCUUGACAUAUCUAUACAUAUACCUAGAUAUAUACUCUUCUACCAAUUUCCAUCGCGUGGCCAGCAUCUGGAUAUACUGGCCCAAUUAGACCCGAUGGAGAGAAAACGAAAGCUGCCAGCAAGAGCGGCUGCAAGAGUCGACCAUGUCUCUAAGAAACGUACUGGAACACCUCCCGAACGAUCCCUUACGCCGGCGCCUGCGCCAGCAUCGGCAACAACGCCGGCGGCAGCUCCAGUACAAAACCCGGCGCAUUCUGAAUCCGUCCCCGAAGAACCGCAAUUGCCAAAGUCCAUUCAAGCCGGCCAUCCCUUGCCAACCGUAGAACAUCCGCAGCCUGACGAUCUUAUGAGCAAGGACUAUCAAUCUAUUCAAGAGAGUGGUGUCGUGGCCGAAUCGCUCUCAAGGUCACGCCAGAAAUGGAUCCACGAGGGUAUCUUCGAAAAGUACUGGACGAAGCCCACGAAACGAAAAGGAGUUGUCAAGGAAGAUCCGAACAACCCCCCGAAAGACAGUAUGACAAAAAUUGGCCAGAUCACGAUCACCGUCGAACCUCACGUUCUUGAAGCCACCAUGUAUGCUGUUAAGGAUCCGAAACAUGCGCCGACCACCAACUCUACCUUCCGGCCUAUCAUGCAGUAUGGUCCUCCGAACGGCGUUAUGCCUCCUCCCCCGAAGCUGAGUGCCCCGUCCACGCCUAUAACCUCGACGGCUCCAACGGCCCCAACAGCCCCAACGGCUCCGUCGGCCUCACCUUCGCACGCCCCAGCCCAGUCGUCACUUCAACCGCCAUCAACAGCGCAAGCCCAAACCCAGCCCCAACCUCAGCCUCAGCCUCAGCCUCAGACACAACAAUCAGAUUUACAGCGACCUCCAUCGUCCGCUCCCGUAACUAAUAAGCCGUUAACUUCCCCUCGAGGUCUAGAGUCGGUUCUUGCCGCUCCACAACAUCCACCAGCACUCCCUCCUGCGGCUGGCCCUUCACAACCGGCGCCACCUCAACCAAAAGGGCAUCCCCAACCCGGCUCGAUUACCAACCGGCCACUGCAUGCUCCUAGUCCGACAGCACCGACAGCGGUCGCUCCUUCGGGAGCCAAACCCUCCGCGCCAGCCGCUAAGCCGGCGACGCCAACGGCACCUGGUGCCGAUCCCAUAAUUGUCACUUUAGCGGAGAGAGCAUCCGAAGAUCCUCAGCUCCGAGAUCUCAUGAAACGCGUGGCCAUAGGGGAUGCUGCGCCGAACGAGCUGGCUCAUUUUCAGAAGAUAAUUGACCAAAUUACCGCCGAUUAUAAGAGGAAGGGAGGCCAGCACGGCCCAUCAGCCGAUCGGCUUCUCGUGGACGGCAGGACGGUUAAGUAUUUCGCGGAUGAGGUCCGAACUAUCCUUGAUAUUAUUCUUGCGUCCAAUCCGCACCAGAGGUCGAACGACUUAAGGGCGCCGCCGGGGAGCGAUCCUUUAGUGAUUCUUCUAGUGAAGAAAGCCUUGGAUGAUGCGACUACGCGGGACAUUGUCCGGAGAAUAGCAGAAGGGAAGACUAAAUUCACAGAUGCCACAGAUUUGAAGGCCACCCUCGAUAAACUAAAGGAUCUUGUCGCGAAGGAAACGCCGAAGUCUCAGCAGGCGACAUCGAGUGCUUCUCAGGCAACAGUCCCGAACGGGGCAGAAAAUUCUGCGGUAGUAAAUAGCGCCGCCUCGAGGAAGGCGUCUCUCGCUGCACCUGGGCAGCCUAUUCAUGGGUCCAGUUCGCAGCAGGCCCUCCGCUCGAAGGGGCCACCGCCUUCUACCAAACCCGACAUUUCGGCCGUCGUACUCGAAUUUUCGGGCGGCACUGGAGAUAGGUACUUAUUUCCCAAAUAUAGCAUCCUCGAAUAUGUCAACCCCAACCAGAUCAUAGCAUCAUUCCUUAUCGUACGCAAGGGGAGCAAAUUGGAAUAUGGAGGGGAUCCAACGUUGGAUUACUAUCAGCCCGUGACGGUCCGGAUAUAUGCACAGUCCAGCAAGCACCUCGAGAAUUUUACCAGGGUCGUUGCUCCUCAAGAUGACGUACGACGUUACAUGGACGAUGUGAUGGAUAAUAUGACUCGAGCUGAGUAUGUGCUUCUCGCCAUGCGUCUACCGAGAGCCGACAAGGAAGAGCAGGUCGAAGAGAAUUCCAACACGCCAAAGGCGGACCCGACGAGCCAGUCUCAGCAGCCCGGAGUGUUGUGGGCAGGGACCAGCAAACCCUCCUCUGCGGCCACCCCACCGCAGAAGACUAUAGCGAGGCCGCUGGGCGACGACGAGCAAUAUCAGAAUUUCAUCGCCACUGUAAGUUAGAAAGACAGGGCAUGAGUUGCUCUCUUUUGCCUACGCUGGCAUCUUCUGGGGAAUGCGGGUGACGAAUUUGCAUUUCGUACUCUAAAGGAACGGCGGGAUAUAAGGCUAAGGCAAUGCUUUCACGGGUUUGACAGUUUUGAAGGUUUGCUACGAGAUACCUGAGUUUACAGAAUAGGCGUCCACGAUCGAAUGCCAAAAGCGACUGUAAAAUGUACCAACAGAACCAUACCACCUUGAUUCGCUAAUGAUUUCUUACUUAAAUACUAAAUCAGUACUGGGUUUAGAACAGCGGCUACUAAAAGUAUUUCUGAAAAUGUUUUACCA